AUGGCUGCAGAAGGCGCCACACCUAACCCAGGCGCGGGCUCUGGUAAAGGCCGAACGAAACAUCCAAGCCUUCUGGCCUGCAUUCCUUGCCGCAAGUCGCAUCUCAAGUGUGAUGGCCAAAAGCCACUAUGCAGCAGAUGUGCAGACCGGAACGGCGACUGUUACUGGGUUGAUUCCCGAAGAGGAUACCGAGAAUUCCGCAAGCCCCAAUCAAACGCAGGAGACCGACCUGACCAGAAGCCGAAGAAUGAUCCUAUUCACUAUGACACUAAGCCCUUCGUGUCUCCUGAUGGCCAGCGAGUCUUUAACGAGGCUGAUGCUACCAAAAUGCGCGCUCUGACAUAUGCUGAGAUCUUCCAGCACAACGGCGAAGUUGCAGCGUUCCAGACUCUGCCUCUAGAAAUGCAAAAGACCAUGCCGCCGCCGCCAAAAGACCAGCUUCCUAGCCCUAGCAACAGUGAUUCAUCACUGUCCAUGACCCGAGGGUCCGUUGGAUCUGUCGGAUCCGUUGGGUCCGUCGGGUCUGCGGGAGAAGUGCCUCCCAUCUCAGACAGGUCCUUGGUGAGCGAUACCGACCUGAUCGACCUGUUCUAUAGGCAUUUCUAUCCGUCUCAUCCCUUCAUUGCUCCACGAAAGCUAUACCACCAGAACCCUGCCAUCUUGCCUCCGGCAUUGCAAGCAUGCAUGCGAUGGCUUGCAAGCCAUUACAUUCCACAAGCCAACCACCCCGCGCUGGAGAACGCAGCAAAAAUGAUCUUCGCACCGGACGUGCCGGACGAUGGCUUCAAAGUGCAAGGCCUGAUACUCUAUGCCAUGACCAAUUUCGCUCGCUUUGGGCAGGCAGAAGGGUCCAUGGCGCUGGACAAGGCCAUUGAGAUCUCGCUGCGUAUCGGGCUCAACCGGAACAGCUUCGCCCUGCAACAGUCGCCUAACGAUUCGACCUUGCAAGAAAUGUGGCGACGGACAUGGUGGACCCUGCUCCUCAUUGAGGGCUUGGUGGUGACUAUUGGCGGCCAGUCGUCGCCGUUCCGCCUGUACUCGACGUACAACGACGUGGCUCUGCCGGGACAUGACGAGGACUACAACGAGCUUCGCUCGCCCCCUCUCACCCGCACCAUUGCGGACCUCCGCAACAGGACGUUCUCGGAAGAUAACUUCGAGUACUCGUCCUUCGCGUAUCAGAUCGAAGCCACAUACAUUUUGGGGUCUGUGCUCGCGCUCAGCCCAGACACAUUCGCGGUCACAGACCCCCAGGUCGAAGGCAUCGAUGCCGCCAUUUCUCACCUCCUGUUAUCGCUGCCGGCCGAGAAGCGACAAGUGUUCCGCAGCGACGGUUCCAUCGACGAAUGUCUUUUCAUCGCCCACUUGGUCAUUCACUGGGCGGCGAUAUGCCUGCACCGACCACGCUCCACCUUAACCUUUAUCCGCAACCACUACCGCACCACAUGCACCAAGGCCGAGGCCGCCGGGCUCCCUGCACUGGCUUACACAUCUCACACGGCCAAGGCCCUGAGGGCAGCCAACGCCAUCACACACCUCGCCGGCAUGCAGCCGGAUGUGAAGAUGUGCUCGCCCGUGCUGAUGUGCGGCCUGACCACCGCCGCGACAGUGCAUCUCCCGGCCUACGCCAUCGUGGACACCCCCGACCAAGCGGUCGCCAUCAAGGAGCGCAUGCAACUCUGCAUCACUGCGCUCGGGGCAUACGGCGAAGUCUGGCCCCGGGCCAGCAUCGCAAAGACCCAAGUUGCCAAGUUCGCUCGCGAAGUCUUGACAAAGCCGAAUGUCUACGUCGACUGCACUGCGUCCCACAUGAUACCGCGAGCUUCAGAGCCAGUGCCCCAACUGGAGUAUCAGAUGCCAUUCAACAAUGAUUCGUGGAUGGACAAUCUGAUUCAGGCCGACCAGGAGGUCGAAGCGCCUUCCUGUCCUGUAUUUGACACGUUCGCUCUGGCUCAAAGCCAACACAGCAUGCAGGGCCUUUGA